AUGGCUGUUCAGAAUGCCCUCACAAGCUCCUCGACCAUUGUAAUAAGAGCCGUCUCCUAUUUCUUCCUACGAUGGGGCCUGCUUCCUCCGCUCGCACCGAUCGCCUUCACGGCCUUCGCCAUUUACAUUCCCGCCUCUAUUUCAAGCUUCUUCCACGCACUGCAGAAUGGCCAGGAAGAGGUGGUCACGACACAGACUGCUCGAACUCUGGUGCACAAGGAGGCUAACGGCGAGGUCGUCGAGGACAUUGAUGUCACUGAUACACAGUUGAUCAUAGAAGAGUCUGGGGACAUCAGUCCCUGGCGCACAAUUCUGGCAGGCGUCCCGAACCCAAGCCGCCUCGUCCUCACUCUGAUCACCUUCCUGAUCAAUCUCUCCUGUGUGACCAUGGUGGCCGACCGGUUGUACUCAGAGCACUUGACCCCAACCGACGACCUGGCCUUCGUCAGGCCGGGAUUCAUAUCUGAGAAGCAGGCCAAGUUCCUCGUCCGAGAGCCUGACCAGUCAAAGAUGCCUGUCACCUUUGAGAUCCGUGUCAAGGAUAAUCAACUUCCCUUCAAGACGGAAGAUUUCAUUACAGCCGGUGGUGUCCUCGAGACGUCCAAUGACACAGAUUACACCGCCGUGGUUGACAUUACUGUGACGCACCAUCCACAGCUUACAUACGAAUGGAGAACCUCGAACGGCUUCUCGGGCGAGUUCACAUCACCCCCCGAGGCCGGCAGAUACCCGGACAAGUUUGACGGCAAAUUUACCUUCCUGUCAACCUCUUGCAUUGUCAACCGUCUGCCUUACAAUCCCCUGGACCACCCUCUUUCGAUCCCCGGAAUACGCCAUCUCAGCAAUCUGUUGCCGGAUCUGGGAGCUCAGUUCAUGUUGUUCCUGGGCGACUUCAUCUACGCAGACGUUCCCCGCCUGUGGGGCCAAAGUGCUGACAAUUAUCGCCAGAAAUACAGAGCAGUCUAUGCUUCACCUGAGUGGCCAAGCGUCGGACAGAACUUGAGCUGGAUUCACGUCUUGGACGACCAUGAGAUUCAGAACGACUGGGAUGGGAAUACGACUGGAGUAUAUACUGCUGCCGUGGAGCCAUGGCACCACUACCACACAGCAGUGAACCCACCUUCAGUAAGAAGGCCAUCCUCGACGAGUGUCAGCACUGGCGCCACGUGGUUUGAAUUCGCCCAGGGUCCGGCGAGCUUCUUCAUGGCCGACACGCGGUCCUAUCGAUCAUCCAACAAGAUCGACUACGAGGACAAGGACAAGACGAUGCUCGGCGCAGAGCAGCUAGCGGACCUCAUCGCGUUCAUGCAGAAGCCCGAGCCCAAGGGCGUCGACUGGAAGAUCAUCGCCUCGUCGGUGCCCUUCACCAAGAACUGGCCCGUCAACGUGCAGGACACCUGGGGCGGCUUCCUGGUCGAGAGGAAGAAGAUCCUCGAGGCCAUGUGGGACGUUGCCGCCCGCGGCAUCGGUGUCGUCGUCCUGUCUGGAGACAGGCACGAGUUCGCGGCCACAAAGUUCCCGCCGCCCGAGAACUCAACAUGGACGGAGGCGGCGACGGUGUACGAAUUCUCGGCCAGCCCUCUGAGCCAGUUCUACUCACCCAUCGGUACCUACCGGCAGGUUGAUAACGAGGAUGUUCAGAUCAAAUACAUCAACAAAGGUUAUUCCAAGUUCGGCGCUAUUACCAUCGAGAAGAUACCUGAAAGCGGCAAGAGCAGCCUUUCUUACCGCCUUUUCGUGGACGGCGUCGAGGCCUGGAAUACAACAAUCCUCUCGCCAGAUAGGACGGUGCAGAGCAAACUUUGGGACCGUAUUACCGGUUCGCGAUAG